CUCCCCUCCCCUCCCCUCCCCUCCCCUCUCUACGCUCCUCCCCUCCGUAGGCCCCCUCCUCACUCCCUUCCCCAUUUCUGUCCCACUCCCCUCCUGUCCCCUCCCCUCCCCUCCCCGCCCCCGGCGCCCGCUCUGCGCUGCGGCUCCUGAACUGGCGGGCGCGGCCUCCAGGAGCGGCGGGCGGGACCGACCCAGCACUGCCCCCGGCCCCGGUGGCGGCGGCGCGGUCGAUGGCCCGGGCGGCGGCGGCGGCGGCGGCGGCGGCGGCGGCGGCGGCGGCGGCAUGCGGCUCCUGUUCCUGGCGGUGCUGCGGCGGCACACGGGCAAUGCCGUCACGGCUCAGCGCGUCCGGGACCACCUGGAGGCCGCGGGCCACGUCUGCGUUCUCAGAGAUGCCUUUGACUUUGAGAGCCCGGCUGACGUCGCCGACCUCAUCAUGGCCGAGAACGUGGAGGCGGCGCUGGCGCUGCACCUGUACAGGGGCGGCCGACUCCUGCAAGGCAGAGCAGCAGAGCAAAAGAGAGACAGAGAGAUCGUCCGUCUGCUAGUUCAGUCCUCACAUGCUGGGCCAGGAGCCGGGAACUCCAUCCAGGUCUUCCACGUGGGUGCGGGGGCCCGAGUGCUUGGGCCAUCUUCUGCAAGGUGCGUUAGCAGGGGCUGGAUCAGCAGAGCCGCCAGGACUCGGCGCAGCGCUUCCAUGUGGGAUGCUGGCGUCGCAAGCGCUGGCUUAACCUGCACCCCCAGCCGCCCCUGCACUGUCACCGAGUCCCUUUCGGAAUCAUCUUUGGAGGAACCGAUCUGAACGAAGACGCCAACCAGGAAGAGAAAAGCAGAGUCAUGGGCCGCGUCCUCGAGGAGGCCAGGUUUGCUGUCGCCUUCACGGAGCCCAUGAAGGAGAUGGCGCAAAGGCAGUGGCCGCACGCAAAGGGUAAGAUCUACGUCCAGAGUCAAGGCAUCACCACGACACCCAACGCUGCCUUUAACUGGAGCACCUUCCUUCAGCGCGCAGACAUAAACCGGAGUGCUGACGACCUGCACGUGUUCCUGCUCAUCUGCGGGCUUCGGCGAGUCAAGGACCCCCUGUACUUGGUGGACGCCUUCUCAGAGUGGCACCGGGAGGACCCGAGCGUUUUCUUCCUCAUCGUGGGCCCUGAGGUUGACCCCGUGUUCACCCAGGAAGUGAAGGCCGCCGUGCAGAGGGCUCCGGGCGUGCGGCUGACCCGGGAGCUGCCGCAGGACGAGCUGCACGCCGCGGCGAGGAACUGCUGUGCCGUGGUGAACAGCUCCGUGUCGGAAGGCAUGUCGGCCGCCAUCCUCGAGGCCAUGGAUUUGGAAGUCCCGGUGCUGGCCAGGAACAUCCCCGGGAACGCCGCCAUGGUGAAGCACGGCGUGACGGGGCUGCUGUUUUCGGACCCUCAGGAGUUUGUUCGGUUGGCCAAGAGACUGAUCCGUGAUCCCGCGCUGGAACGGGAACUCGUGGCCAACGGGAAGGAGUACGUGCGGCUCAGUCACUCGUGGCAGGUGGAGCGAGACGUGUACCGUGACCUCAUCGGGAAGCUGAAGGGGGGCAGCGAGGACUGAGCAUGCAGCCCUGCUCCCGUCACCGGCCCCAGACGCCUGGGCAGACCGGGCGGCCGGCGCCAGGCCAGUCCACGCCAAGCCCGUCUCCUGCCACUCACGGAGUCCCCGGGACGCCACGCCCACCCCAGAGCUCUCUGCUUGGAUUCCACCCGUGGUACCCGCUGCCCAGACCUGGUGCAGGUGCGCCAGCUGGCUGAACCCAGAGGGAAAGGGGCGUGGGGGGGUAGAUGAUCUGCGAGGACUGUUGUGUGGACAAGAGGCUCAUUCUCGGGCCAUGCCAGUGCAGACCGGCCGUGCCGGGUUCUGAGAAGGAGGGAGACGCCCAUCAUUGCCAGUUCAAAAAGCAAAACAAGAAUCAGGAGUGGCA